GGUAUGGUUGAAUUUGUUAUUGUGCUUUGAAAAUCAAAUGUUAACGUAUGCUGGUUGUUUCUGAUUUCGCGAGUGUUUUCUAUUUUGCAAGCGUUUUCUAUUGAUUCUCUUUUGUCGUAAUGUCCACAAUGAAGCAGCGAAAAACGAUGCCCCGGCGAACGGAAGAGUUCGACUUUUCGGCUCCGCAAUCGUCGGUUAAAAAACUGCCAGCUCAAAGGCUGAGCCGUAUAGCUCAACCUAUCCGCAAGCUGUCAACAAAAACAUCCCUCGGGAACGGACUGAAUGAAAAUGGUCGGUCCCUUUCGAAUGAUCGUUUCAAUAUGCCCCAGCAAACACCUCUAACGGUUCGCAAAGUAUGCCCUUCCACCAGGAGCUCCAGUGCCACCCCAUCGGCCCGAACGCCACUGAGAAGCUGCGAAAAUGCACCCACAGCCUCGAUGGGCACGGUGGAGAAAGAUAAAGCCCCGAUAGAGAACCGCGAGUGGAUAACGGCACAGUGCGAAAGGAUAUGCGACUAUCUCACCACAAUCGGUGAUCUCCCUCACGACUUCGUGGAACGCAGAAAUCUGAAAAGCAUGUCCAUGAAGCAAUUCCUGGUGAUAAUGAAUCAUCUAUUUCGGCAGAUCGGUGGCAGCCGAUAUAAGUUGGGUAACAACUUUAUAGAUGAUAUUAUGAAAACCAUGGCAGAGCUGGAAUAUCCUUACACGAUUAAUAAGUCGAUGCUGAAGACGCCGAAUGCUCCGCAUUCGAUCAACCACAUCAUCGUUAUGAUAGGCUGGUUAAUGCAAUUGGCACCGGAACAUGAUGGGAAAUGCACUCCUCUUGAACGAGAUAGUGACCUGCUAGUAGAUUUCCCAUCAUCUGAAUAUCAAGAGUUUUUCCUAGAAAAGGUUCAGGAAGGUUUUAACGUUUGGAAUCUCAAGAAGGAAAAUGAGUUUGGAGCGUUGCUAGAACAGCUUAUUGACGGACUCGUGAUGGCACGCACUAGUGGACUGAAUCAGCAACAGAUUAAUGGAAGAAUUACGGAACUGGAAAACGAGCUCCAGGAAAUUCACAAUCGAACCAUCCAACAUGAUCGCAAGCAAAGUCUGAACCAGCUAGAAAAGGCAAUUCACGAGCAGCAGCUGGUUCAGAAAAAGUUUUCCGAUGAACUGAAAACGAUUCAGAGGCAAGCAGAAAAAAUGGAAGAAGACUACUAUCGGCACCAAGAGGAAUAUUAUUCAUUGGUAAAGCAAACCGAGGCCCUUAAACAAGAGGUGGACUCUCAACAGUUUGAUGCUGAUGGCAGGGUGGCAUUGGUCAAGGCAAUAACCACAAAUAAAAGCCUUCUCACGGCGAAGCGAAUAGCCGUCGCUACGUUGGAGCAUAAUUCUCACGAACACCAGAUUACUAUAUCCCGACUGAUCAAGAAAAAGUGCGACUUGUUUUCAACUUUGAACACGAAGCUUUACCAAUUCUCUGAUUACUUGAGACCGACGAUCGAUUUCAACCCGCCAAACAUUGAUCUGAAAACACAGGAUUACGAUGAGUUACAAAAAAACUUGAUUGCUACCAAGUCGCUGUUGGCUGAUGUGCUUUCUCGGCAAACCGCAGAACUUCUAGCGUUGAACGCCCAAAAGUCCAAACUCGAACAUGACAUAUCCGACACUCAAAUCAAGUACACCUCCGUUGAAAAGUCCCUCUUGGAAGCUACCGCUCGCUACGAGUCGCUGCUGAAGCAACGCGAACUCAUCGUAAAUCAACUUGGUGAAAUAUCCGCUAACGAAUCCAGGGCAUCGCAGCGGCUGGACGAGGACGGACUUCAGUUGGAGGGUGAGCUAACUCGGCUCCGAGAGCAAUGUGAUCAGAAUAGGAAAGCGAUGGAGAAGCUAACGCAAGACAAGCAGAAGCUGAUGAUAGAAAAUCUGGAAAAGUCCCAGCGGGUGUUGAACGAGAAAAAACGGCUCCAGAAGCAAAUGACUGAACAAAUCGAAGAGCUUGAAUCCGUCAUGGCGAGUAUCGAAAAUGAUGUGAGCCGAAUGAAGUGGUGAACAUGAAGUCUUCUUCGAGUAAUUUCAGAUGUACAACUUA